UACGUUUUUUGUUUUAUACAUUUUACCAUAGAGUGUAAACAACAACAACGUUUUUGUGUUUUGUUAACUGUCAUUCCGCAUUCGACUCUUAACUCUUAAGACAGCCUCAGAGGUUUCUAUAUUCUAAUAGUGCUAGUUACUAUUCAAUUUACUGUUUUAUGUCUGGUUAUGUACAUUUUAAAAAUUGUUUUCAUUUAAAUAUUACAAUGCCCAGCUGUAAUUUGUGUGGUAGAACCCAAAACUCUAAGAGUAAAGAAAACAAAAUUACUUUUCACAGGUAUCCAAAAUGUCCAGAUAUCCAUGAAAAGUGGAUCGAGUUCAGUAGACGCUAUGAUGAGCAUAGAAGCAUAAUAGUUAAAGAAAAAAGUGUUGUGUGUUCUGCUCAUUUUGUGGCUGACUCUUUUAAUGUGUAUAUUAAAAAUACUAUGUUAAAACCUACAGCUAUACCAUCAUUGAUUAUUCAACGUGUUCGUUUUGCUAAAUUAGAUUAUCCCGGUGUUAAAUAUUAA